AUGCGAAAACUCCUGUUUGACCCAACACCAACGUUUGAGGGAGCCGUAAAUAAGGUGGCAAGAGUAGGCGAAGAGAUGUGGGCUAUUCGGCGGGAACCAUCUUCUAACGACCGGGCCCCUUUGCCAGAGCCUGCCCGAGAUGCGCUAUCACAGCUGUUAAAGCUAGCGAAGAGAUUAGAAAUUUCCCCAAAGCCACGGGCUCGAUGUGUGCCCCGCCAUCGGGAGUCGUCUGAAAGUGAAGAUGAACACCAGGUCGACGACAUUGGUGAAGACCUAAACUGGUAUCCAGAUUCUGAAGAGCAAGGCAGGUCAGAAGUUCCGUCACCUUAUCUGUUGCGAAGUAGGGUAAGGAACCAAAUAUGA